ACGCGGAACGGAACGUUUGUCACUUGUCGGCUUCUGUAUCUUCACCAGGAAGUUGCUACAGUUUCAUUCAUUCUUCAAAAUUUAGGCUUGUGGUCCUGCAACAUUUGAUGCCAAAAUGCGUCGAAAGACCGAGGCUCAGCCAACGAACAAUGAAUCUACCAACACUAAUAAGAAGGAUCCGGAUGAAAGGCUGCACAGCCCAGCUGAAGCUGGAGGCAGGGUGUCUUACGGCUCCGUGCUCAUGAACGUAGGAAAGUGUUUACUUUUAAUCAUCGUCAUCCCUCCGUUCCUCAACUAUGCAUCGCUGCAGAGAGAAGGACAGCUGCUCUUGCCUAAAGAUGGCCAGAUUGUUGACGUUGGUUUGGGUCAAAAGAUGCACCUUUUGUGCAAAGGACACGGAAAACCAGUUGUCAUACUGGAUUCACCAACUGGAAUGUCCUCAGACGUUUGGUUGCAUGUCCAAGAAAGUGUGGCCACAAUAACAAAGGUUUGCACCUAUGACAGAAUGGGACUGGGCUUCAGCAAGCGACUGAUGCAGAAUGAAACCAACGGAAGUGAGAAAGUUUGGGGAAUGUCAACGACUGGACGGAUGGUGGAUGAUCUGCACCGACUCCUGCAGGCUGCUGGGAUAGCCAAGCCCUUCAUCCUGGUGGGCUCGGAGCUUGGUGCACUCAACAGCAGGUUUUACAGCCACAUUCAUGAUGUGCAAGUGUCAGACCUGGUGCUGAUUGAUCCCAUCCCAGAGGACAUUUUUGAGGAGGACCAGUGGAAAGAGUACUGGUAUGGUAAGCUGUUGUCCUCACUCCAAGCCAAGCAGUUUUCAGCAGCUACAGGACUGAGCCGGUUGCUGAUUAUCCUUGGGGCGAUUGAACCGACUGUUAACGGCGAAAAUGUCUCAGAGGAGGUCAUCCAGCGCCAGAAAUACCUGCUUAGUAACCCUGCCCAUCAGAGCAGUGCUGUGGAUGAGCAUUACUUUUUGAAUGAAAGUGCAGCUCAAGUAAGGGAUAUCACAAGGUUUAAGCCCCUCUCCAGCAGGACGUCUGUGAGUGUGAUCACUGGUGAUUCAUUUGACCAGCAAAUACCAGAACACCUAAACCAGAUGGUAGCUAAGCUUCAAAAGAAGUUUCUGGAGGAGUCCUACCCAUCAGCCAAUCACAUUCACAUAAAAGGAGCAGACCGGCGAAUGAUCUACAAGAAGCCAUCUGCCAUCAGCCAGCACCUGAGGAAGCUAGUGAACCAGCGACAAGCCAGACAGCAGAGCGAGUGACCCAUGGCCAACAUGUAACAACAGCAAAGACAUGGACAGAGUAAUUGUUGAAUAUGUUUUAAAUAUUCAAUAACAUAUUCUACUUAUCUUUUUACCUUUCCCCACAGCAAUCUGUAGAGAGUGUCCACAUAUCUGGUAAAGUUCAUAAAGAAGUCAAUUUUUAAACAUAUUUUUUUGCCCAGCUUUGCCUCCCUGGAAGCUUUUUUUUAAUUGAAAAUAACUGGAGGGUAUUCAGUGUGAUGAAAUAUUUGCUGUCUUAGAUUCAAAAAAAUCUUAUCUUUCAAGUUGUUAUUUCAGCUUCUUUACCUGAUUGGCCAGUGCCAAAAAUUAAUACAUUACUCCUUAUCAAUGUAAAGGCCACAUACGACAUUGCUCAACCUGAUAAUUGCUUAUCACCUUCAGUUCUGUCUUAAUAUUCUGCCAUGUUGUAGCCACCGGGAAAGUCACUCUGGGUUCCUCUGUGUCUCUGUUAUAUCAGCUUGUUACUUAACAUCACCAUCAGACGUGGACCUCCAUUUUAAAAACUACAAUCACUUGAUUUAUCUUACAGUUUGCAGAUGUGUCUGGCCUGCAAGUCUAAUUUUUAAUUCUUGUUCAUAUAUGUUCAUGUACAUUUGCAUCUAUUUUGAUUCCCAUGUUCUCAUUUUUGUGGGAAACAUGAAAUGUUUUUACAGGUAUACAGUAAUAUGAAAGAAAGACCAGACAGCAUUGGUUUAUCCUGAGGAUUUAAGUUUAAUUAUGACACCACAUCAAAAUAAAAAUUUCCAACAGA